AUGGUGAACAACAAGCCCCCGGUGUUAGACAUUGAUCCGCCCCUUGUCAACUCUGCAAACCCCUGGGCAACCACGCUGGAUGACCUCCGAAGCCUUUACUCUUGUACAUCGACAGGUGCUGUCACCACUCGGACCUCGCUCAUCGGCGGCUUCGACCACGAUCCCAGCAAGCAUCAGUACGUGCUCUUCGACGCCGCCACACACGCGGCCGCCAAAAACGCAAGCCUCAACUGCCUCGGCUACAGCCCGCACACUUUGGAAACGUAUCUAAGCUUCAUCAAGACGAUAUCAGACGAGCAGCAACAAGAGGGCCAGCAAAGGACAGCCAGGCCGACAAAGGGCUUCAUCGUCUCAGUGACCGGCACCCCGGCCGAGGUGGCCGCCAGCUACUGGCUCGUGGCCGCCGCGCAGCGCCACGUCGCGCUCCCGCUCGCCGUCGAGGUCAACCUCAGCUGCCCCAACAUCCCCGACAAGCCGCCGCCGGCCUACUCGCGCGACGCCCUGGCCGAGUACCUCGCCGCGCUCUCUACCGCUACCGCCGCCACCAGCACCAACAAUGGACCAGCAGCAGACCUCCCGCGCAUCCCCUUCGGCCUCAAAACGCCCCCGUACACGCACGCCGCGCAGUUCUCCGCGUUGAUGGACGCGCUGGCCGCCACGGGCACCGAUGCCGGCCGCGUGUCGCCCGUCAGCUUCCUCACCGCGACCAACACGCUCGGCUCGUGCCUCGUGCUAUCCGCUACUGGUCUUAAUCCUGUGCUCCCGGCGCCAGGCGUCGGCGGUCUUGGCGGUGCGCCGCUGCACCCGCUCGCCCUUGGCAACGUGGCCACGCUGCGGCGGAUGCUGGACGCGGACCCUGCGCUUGUUCACGUGCAGGUCGUGGGCGUUGGUGGCGUGCUCGAUGCUGACGGCUACCGCCGCAUGCGCAGUGUUGGUGCUGCUGUUGUGGGCGUCGGCACGGGCCUGGGACUCAGGGGCGUAAGUGUCUUUGGGGAGAUCGAGGCUAGGCUUGGGGGGCUGUGGUGA